AUGUCUGUGAAUUUUGCGUUCGUAUCUUUAUUAUUUCUGCUGCCGUUCUGUUGCCUCACAGUUAACGCAUUGGGCAGGCGUAAUAAAGAGCUCGUCAUAGAGAAGGCAACGACGUGCAAGACCAAUAAAACCGAUACGUUUUUAGUUAAGUUUGCUGCCCCGCUGAACUUCACAUCCAAAAACAACGUGGUUCGAUUCUACGGCAACUUUACUGUUGUACAGCAGAUAAGAGCGCCGUUGGAGCUAACGCUCAUUGCCUACCGUUGCACAAGCGAUUUGCAAAAUUGUCAACGGUACAAUGCGGUUCACAUUCCAAGAGUGUGUUCGUUUUUGACCGAUACAAAUUCUUUUUGGACCCCCUUCGUACGUAGUAUUCAACCGACGGUGAAAUGUCCCAUACAACCGGCCUUGUACCAUUUUAAGGAUUCAGCAUUUGAUUUAACCUUUUUCACAAGCUUUCCUCUUGAUGGAUACAGUUGGCAAGUGACUAUGAAAUUGUAUUCCACCGCGUACACACCAAAAAGGGAAGUUUUUUGCUUCGCCUCGCAAGCUACACUCAAUAAACUUCGGAAAAACUAA